AUGCGUUGCAUUCCACUAACAACGCUUUUCGGAGCGGACGCGCCUCAUGACGACAAGCACCAUUUCGAGACAUCAUGGAUCCUCCCACCAACCCUGCUCGCCUGUUUGCGCGGCCUGAUCUCUCUCUACGUCUUCACCAGUAUCUUCACCAUCUGGGGCUGGUACGGUUCCCACGAUGAACGCUAUGUGAUCGGCCAAACCUUCAGCUUCUUCACUUGGUUGACGUACUGGGGUCUGGGAUUCUACAUGCUCUUCGCUGCGAUCCAUACAGCUUGUUAUGCGUGGACGGGCCGCUCGGUCCUCUUCGAUCGCUGGCCCAGGGCUUGUCGCGUGCUCCAUAGCCUGUUGUAUGCGACGAUCACCACCUACCCGUUCCUUGUGACGAUCGUUUUCUGGGUGCUUAUUUACAGCUCACCAUGGUAUAAGGUUACUUUUACCGGCUGGCAGAAUAUCUCCCAACAUGGCCUGAACUCCUUCUAUGCCCUCCUGGAAAUCUUCCUCCCAUCAACCGCACCCCUCCCCCUAAUCGCAAUCCCAUUCCUAAUCUUAAUCCUCGUCUUCUACCUCUGCGUCGCAUACAUCACCCACCACACAGAGGGCUACUACCCCUACACAUUCCUAGACGUUGGCGACCACGGCCAGAAGAGUGGUCUUGUGACAGGAUACUGUUUUGGCAUUCUAGCUGCCAUCCUGGUCAUCUUCUUCAUUGUCUAUGGACUAAUGCAUUUGCGUCGCUGGUUGACGCAUGGGAAGAUUAAGCGCGCGAGGAGGGACUCGCUUUGUCGUGGUGAUGGGUUUGGGAAUGGGGGUGUGGCAGGGGUUGGGGAGGAGGUUGUUGAGACGAAGGAGGUUCCUGUUUGA